GGCUGUUACAGUCAAACGCGAUGACGGAAAAAUAUUGAAAAAUAUUUUAUUUGCCUCUUCGCAAAGACAAAUAUUAUAUCAAAUAUAUUUACAGCUGCAAAAAUCUGCAGCACGGUAACGGCAAACGCGUUAACGACAAAUCUGUGAAAAAUUUUACGACACAAAAAAAAACAUAUUUUUAUAAGCCGAAAAGGAACGGCACAUCGUCAUUGUAUAAUUGUGUGCAAUUGCACGUAGCAGAAGCGAAGGAGGAGCAGAGGCGCAUUUCGGCGAAGUUUAUUGUAGGCCGAGAGCAUGAAGAAGUCUGUACAGCCGGAGGCUAGGCCCUACUGUGUGCAGCCGCGGAGGCCAAAGCGCAUUACAAACUUGAAAAGUUGUGAGACGCGCAAACGACGCAACGAUCCGUCGACACCGGCGCGUCGUAACAUCGUCGACUGUCCGUUCUACACGUUCAAGUACAAGUUCGACGAGCUGCCACUUGAUCCAGCAAAGGCGUACAUCGAGGAAAAGAUUGCUCACAUGCAGGUCGACCAAAUUGUGGGCCGCUGCAAUAAGGAAUUGGACUUUCACAUCUAUCAAAUGGACCAUGUCAAAUGGGAGUAUGAAGAAUGCGAUGAUGACAGUCUUCAGGAACUGAAAUUGGAGGAUAUUGUAAUGCCGCAAAAAUUCGAAAUGUUAAAGGACAAAAAGGAUCAUAAAUAUGCAUUCAAUAGUCGAGCCUGUGACCAAUUUCCAUGGAUUACGAAGUGCUGGGAAAAUAUGGAACCCAGCGAAGAGAUGGUUUAUCGCGUUACCGGCGAGCUUCUGCAAAUCUAUUGCGCGCGCCGCGUACGCAUCUUCUAUCCAGAUAUGCGCACCAAGAGCCAACUGUACACGAAUGAAUUGCGCAAAAUGCACGGCAGUCCCUCGGAUGUUAUAGGCGGCUUACACACACAAACGGCACGCGAUCUACGCGUGGAGGCACUACGACGGCCACGCAGAGCGCUCAAAUUCACACCUGGCGAUCAUUACGCGCUGCGUACGCCUGAAGAAUGCCGGAACGAACUAAUACGCAUGGGUAAAGUUAUAGACAAAUUAAUAGAGCCAACAUUGCGACGUGCCAGAGAGAACUUAAAACGCCAGGCCGAGGGUGUUGGUGCGACAACAGCACAAACAGCAACAGCAACAACAACAACAAAAAGCAAGUCGGUAACGGCAUCAAAGAAAAUGUCCAGCGCAAUGGAGCGAGGAGCCGGCGAUGCAUGCACGGAAAAGAAGACGAAGCGUUUAGUGAAAAAGCAAAAGAAAAAUCCCUGCAACCGCCACGAUGUCAUGCUGCGACCCUCAGACUUCCCCACCUUCGAGGACUACAUGAAGUGCAUGAAACGCUACGAGCGCGAAAGAUUCAAGUACAUUGAAGGCCUGCAACCGGUCGAUCCAGAGGUACAAAAGGCGAUCAUACUGGCGCGUUAUGAGAUCAAAUUAAAGGAGGCCGAGCAAAAGUUUACACUGAAAAUAGAGAAGCGCUACAAGUAUCUAAUGAGAAGUAUCAGCGCUUUGAGUCUGGAAACAUUUCCCUCGCACUUGAUUAAGAAAGUUUGGACAAAAAUCGAUCCGCGCAUAACAUUUUUACAGGAAAUUCAUAAGUAUAUAUUACGAGAAGAGAAACUUUGGCCAGAAAUUUAUCCGGAGGUCAUACUGCUGGAUUAUCUCUUCAAUGGCGGGCGGCAAAUUAAUGCCACUGUCGCCGUCUUAAUUAUAUCGUGCAUUAUAGAUCUGCAAGAGGAUUUUCGGUAUUACGUGAAACGUAACUUUCUGCGCUAUCUACUCAAAUCGCCUUUGGAACGCAAACGACUGCAGUUGGAAAUGGAGCCACCGGAUUUUCCACAGCUAAUCAUACGUGGUCCAGUGCCAUAUAAAGUGAAUGUACAGUUAGCACGUAAUCGUCUAGACCAACUUUUAAUGGUAACACAUCCCAUUAUAAGGGCACUCAAUCAGCUGUGGCAUCAGUUAUACAACGAUUUGGUAGUCAUUGAUGUUUCGAAGAUCUUUUUGCGCGAUCAACCCAUGACAGCCGAUGAAAUUAUAAGUUUUGUCGACGAGAGUUGUGAGGUUAUACGUGAUUUGCUGUUGAAUGACUGGCUGCCACGUUGUGCCGAUUUGGUGGAUGUUAUGCGUCGUACCUGGAAGGACUUGGUACCAAUGAAUCAGCGAUAUGGUGGACGCGCUGCCGUUCUAUUUAAUUGUGUCCAUGCUCUCAUGUCGCAUCACUUGGAGGGCCUUAUAACGCGUAGUAUUUCUGUGCUCUACACCAACUUAACGAGAUAUGAAGAGGGCAACGACAUCGAACGCUAUCAAAUGUACGAUAAGAAACUAAGACGUCGUCCACUGAUGACGCUGAUUUUCUCCGUAGUCGGUGCGCAUUUUGAUAAUCGCACCGAUGAUCGUGAUGACACAACACCGAUCUAUAAAUACGAUGAGGAGGACGACGCCAGUCCAUUUUACAGACGUCCAAGUAUUACAUUCGAAAUGGUUAGUAAUUAUUUGCUACGUAAUUUGCAUAAAUAUUGUUUUGUUAUUGCUUUUGUUUCUCAGAUUCAACCAGAACUUGACCCAACUUGCGAAUUCGUAAUGAAAAAUGAAGGAAAAUUUUUUGGCUUUCCAUACAUAAGUGAGCUGCCCGAAUUAUUUACUCACAUAUUUAAGAAAAUAUUACGUGUUGGCUAUCAAAUACCACGUUUGGAAUACUUUAUGUCGAGAGAUGAAAGUACCCUCGGUUAUUUGCAUGUGGUAAAUGAGUCGCAUUGUGAUAUGAAGCGUUUGUAUAAAAAUGUGCAGAGAAUUGUCGAGAACAACUGGAGUGGUCUGCGCGUUUAUUUGUAUCCGAUUUUCAAAUACUAUUCUGCACUAUUCACGAAUAAAAUGUUGCCGAUUGUCGAGAAGUUGUUUACACAAAAUAUCGUUCCUGAAUUGGUGCUAGUUGAAGACUUAAUGAAACGUUUGAUGGGCAUCAUACACAGCACAUACAUAUUGCGCGACUUCAUACCGCUAAAUCUAUUCAUGGUGGACAAUCGGCAUGUGAAGAAUGCCAUCGUAAUGCUGGUGCAGCAAGUUUACGAUUUCAUAAUAGACUAUUACAAGGCAGUUAAUAUAAAUGAGAAUCGAGCUAUUUGCGAUGCUCUGGAGGAAAUGUCAAUGAAGGCUGGCGAGCGCCCCGAAGAGACACCAGAAGUGGUCGCCUUGCAAAACUACUUAAGCGAGUGUCGUGAUGAGAAAAUAUUUGCAAUAAAAGAUGAAAUCAAAAUAGUGUCGCGUCGUGUGAUUUUCCUUCUAACACAUACAAUAUUGGAUAGUGAUCACAUCCAUCUCAAUUCGCGCACCUUCACUUUGCCCGGCGAACUGGAGGAAGUAUUGGAUUUGAGCGCGGCACGUUUGAAUGUGGUGCGCGAGAACUUGGAGAUGGCGUUGCGUGAGCGCCGCAAAAAGUUCGAAGAGUUCAUUCUGUAUGAGAAACGUCGCAUGGAUGGUUUUCGUGUGAAGGAAACGCGCGAAGUUAUGUCACUCGAAGAGCUCAAGGAACGUGUCGAUACCAUUGACGAACUCUACGAAAUAAUUGAGAGCAUGAGUCGUGAAGCCAGAGCCAUAAAUGUGGAAGAGCAGCUAUUACAAAUAGAUAUAUCGCCGUUCCCGGUGCUUGCCGAAAUCAUUGAAAAAAUGGAACCAAUCGAAAAGUUAUGGAAGACAGCUUACGAAUUCGAAAAGGAUUAUCAAAUUUGGAUGUAUGGAGAAUUCCAAUGCCUCGAUGCGGAUGCCAUACGAGAGGAGGUUGAGAAUAUGCAUCGCAUCGUCUACAAACUGUCCCGUCAGUUGGCCAACAAUCCGACCGCUCGUCGUGCCGCCGAACAGAUGCGUAUUAAGGUGGAAAAGUUCCGUGCAUAUCUACCGGUACUCGAUGCCAUCUGUCGGCAAGGUCUAACAGAACGUCAUUGGAAACAAAUAUCGGAACAUUUGGGCGCCGAGUGCAAUCCGCAACUAUAUCCCACACUCAAAGAUAUGAUCGAUGCGAAUAUAAUGAGCAUAUUGCAACAAUUGGAGGAGAUAUCUAAUGCGGCUGGCAAAGAAUUCGAAUUGAAUUCAGCGCUUGAUGCCAUGCAAGCAGAUUGGAAAGAAGUCGCUUUUGAAGUACUACAAUAUCGAGACUCAGAUACGCAUAUACUAUCCGCGCUAGACGAUAUACAAACACUACUGGACGAUCAUAUUAUGCGUACGCAGGCGAUGAAACGUUCACCAUUUAUUGUCGCCUUGGGCUCUAAGGCGGAUGACUGGGAGGCUAAACUUCUGCUGAUACAAAAUAUUAUCGAUGCUUGGACGCAAGUCCAGGUUACCUGGAUGUAUUUAGAGCCAAUCUUUAGCUCUGAGGACAUUAUGCGACAAAUGCCGGUAGAGGGACGCAAUUUCAAAUCGGUCGAUAAAACUUGGCGUAAAAUCAUGAAACAUACCUGCCAAAACUUGAAUGUACUCGUAACCACUGAGUAUCCGAAUAUGCUGGAGACGUUCUUGAAGGCCGUCGCAGAUCUUGAAACAGUACAAAAAGGACUGAAUACAUAUCUCGAGCAAAAGCGUUUGUUCUUUGCGCGUUUCUUCUUCUUGUCUAAUGAUGAAUUAUUGGAGAUUCUUUCUGAAACCAAAGACCCGCUACGUGUGCAGCCGCAUUUACGAAAGUGUUUCGAAGGUAUUGCGCGCCUCACCUUCGAUGACUCCAUGGAGAUAACGGAAAUGAUAUCGGAUGAAGAUGAGCAAGUGUUAUUGGUGCGUAAGAUCAAUCCAGCAUUGGCGAAUGGUUUAGUGGAAAUCUGGCUAAAAGAAGUUGAAAAUGUUAUGCUGGCAAGCGUGUUGGAGCAGAUGAAGUUAGCUUGGGAAGAUUACUUCCUAGUUGAUCGCAUAAUUUGGGUAACAUCAUGGCCAGGACAAGUAGUUCAGAGUAUUUCCUGUAUGGCUUGGACUUUCGAGGUUGAGGAAGCUUUCAGCCAAAACGCAGUUCCGGCAUAUUUAGAGAAAUGCAACUCGCAAAUCAGCGAGCUGGUACAGUUGGUGCGAACUGAACUGGCAACAGGUACACGACUCACUAUCGAAGCUUUGAUUGUGCUGGACGUGCAUGCACGUGACGUUGUCAAGUAUUUGAUAGAUGUGAAUGUGGAAAAUAUCACCGAAUUCGACUGGAUCUCUCAAUUGCGUUACUAUUGGCGUGAAACUGAUAAGGGUGAGGAGUGGGUCUGCGUUAGCAUGGUCGUUACAGAUGUUAAAUAUGGCAUGGAAUAUUUGGGCAACAAUCCACGUUUGGUCGUUACGCCGCUUACUGAUCGCUGCUACAGAACGUUGAUGGGCGCAUUAAAAUUGUGCUUAGGUGGCGCACCAGAAGGACCGGCAGGUACAGGCAAAACGGAGACGUGCAAAGACUUGGCGAAGGCUGUGGCGAAAAAAUGUGUAGUAUUUAACUGCUCGGAUGGCUUGGAUUACAAAGCAUUGGGCAAAUUUUUCAAGGGCUUAGCACAAUCUGGCGCCUGGGCCUGUUUCGAUGAGUUCAAUCGUAUCGAAUUGGAGGUGCUAUCGGUGGUGGCGCAGCAAAUUCUAACCAUCCAGCGCGCUAUUGGCCGCAAGGUGGUGAAAUUCUUUUUUGAAGACACUCUGCUACGCUUGGAUCCCACAUGUUCCAUAUUCAUAACAAUGAAUCCCGGCUAUGCUGGCCGCACAGAAUUGCCAGACAAUUUGAAAGUGCUCUUCCGCACGGUGGCCAUGAUGGUACCUGACUAUGCCAUGAUUGGCGAAAUCACUCUCUAUUCGAACGGUUUCGACCAGGCGCGAAUGCUGGCACAAAAAAUUGUACACACAUAUAAAUUGUGUUCCGAACAGUUAUCAUCGCAAUCACACUACGAUUACGGUAUGCGCGCUGUUAAGUCCGUACUGCUGGCUUCAGCUUCACUUCGCCGUCUAUAUACCACAUUGCCCGAAGCGCAAAUUGUGUUGCGCGCCAUUGUUGACGUGAACUUGCCGAAAUUCUUGGAACAAGAUGUUUCGCUCUUCGUUGGAAUUUACAUGGAUUUAUUCCCUGGUACCGAACUGCCUGAGCCCAAGCGCGAUGAUAUCCUCAAAUGGCUGCAUAUUAAUCUGAAGGAACAAAAUUUACAACCAACUCCAUGGUUUAUCGAAAAAAUCUUGCAAAUUUACGAAAUGCUGCUCGUGCGGCAUGGCUUGAUGAUCGUCGGUGGACCGAUGGGUGGGAAGACAACGGCUUAUCAGAUGCUUGCUGUAGCAUUGCGCUGUGUUAGUCUUGAUCCAGAUGCUACGUUGAAGGAAUUUCCCGUCAACUAUCGUAUAAUAAAUCCGAAAGCCAUUACCAUGGGGCAGUUGUAUGGUCGCUUCGAUCCGGUUUCCCACGAAUGGUAUGAUGGUGUGUUGGCGAAAACUUAUCGUGAAAUGGCCACCGCGCCGACCACUGAACGCCACUGGGUGUUCUUCGAUGGACCCGUCGAUGCCGUGUGGAUUGAAAAUUUAAAUACCGUCUUAGAUGAUAAUAAAAAGCUUUGUCUUAUGUCUGGUGAAAUUAUACAAAUGACCAAAACAAUGAAUAUGAUGUUCGAACCAGCCGAUUUGGAGCAGGCCUCACCGGCUACUGUCUCACGCUGCGGCAUGAUCUAUAUGGAACCAUCACAACUGGGUUGGCGUACAUUUCAUAAGAGUUUCUUGAAUGUUUUAAUUGAAACCGUGGGUCUAAAUGAGAUCUAUAUGACACUGUUCGAUGAUAUGGUUGACUGGUUAAUUCCAGCCGCGUUGGCUAUACUAAAAGAAUGCAAACAAAUGGUUGAACCGUCACCCAUGUAUCAGUAUAAGAUGUUCUCACGUUUCUUCUUUCAUUUUUUGGACAAACACAAAACAUUUAAUCAAGUUUGGUUUCAGCAAAUGUUUCUCUUUUGCUUCGCCUGGGCUUAUGGAUCUGCAUUAACAGUUAAUGGCCAGAAGCAUUUCGAUACACUUAUCCGCAAGAUACUCUACGGUGCCAAUGAGGAAUAUCCGCGCCCCAAAUAUUUCUCACUCAAUCGAGGUCAAAUGUUUCCUGAGAAACUUUCGCUCAUGGACUAUCGUUUCGAUGAAGUGGAGAACUGGUGGACCUGGCAGAAGUCCACCGACGACCCCACCGCCACCGCCAAUAUAUUUCCCGAACGUGCGAUUAUCAGUGAGCUCAUCGUGCCGACAAAGGAAUCCGGUCAAAUUACUUAUUGGCAAGAGUUUUGUAUCAACAAAUCCUAUCCGAUGCUGGUUAUUGGACCCACCGGCACCGGCAAGAGCGCUGUCAUCACAAGCAAUCUGAAUGCACUGCCUAAGCAUACAAAUCUCGUCAACAUUGUAAACUUUUCGGCACGCACAAGUGCACAGCUGGUACAAGAGACCAUCAUGUCGAAACUGGAUCGGCGACGAAAAGGCGUCUACGGUCCACCGUUGGGCAAAAGGUGUUUAAUAUUUUGCGAUGAUGUCGCCAUGCCAUCAAAGGACACCUACGGCUCACAGCCGCCACUCGAAUUGAUACGGCAAUGGUUGGAUCACGGCUACUGGUCUGAUUUGGUGGAUACAACAAAAAUUGAAUUGGUCGAUAUGAGUUUCGUCGGCGCGAUGGGGAUGCCGGGUGGCAGCAACUUCAUCUUUCCGCGGUUCUAUCGUCAUACAUUUAUCGUUAGUGUGGACUCGUUCGAGGACUCGACCAUCAUUAAAAUAUUUACAGCGAUUGGCGAUUGGCAUUUCGCCAAGGAUUAUCCGGAAAAGGUGGCGCUGCUUUCGCGGGGUCUUGCCGAAGCAAUGGUCAACGUUUACCGUCAAGCAUUGAGAGUUUUCCUGCCAACACCCGCUAAAUCUCAUUAUACAUUCUCGCUACGUGACAUCACUCGCGUCUUUCAGGGCAUUGUCCUCGUUCCGGCAAAAAGGCUGCAGGAAGUUGAGAAGCUUGGACGUUUGUGGGCUCAUGAAACGUAUCGUGUGUUUUACGAUCGACUGAUUGAGAAGUUUGAUCGUGACGCACUGCUGGACAUGGUGAGCAAUGCAUGCAAAACGAAUAUCCGCUUCCCCCUCGAGCAGGCGUUCGCCGACCGCAUGUCCGAUCCCAGCGCCAAAGUGAGUGAUGAUGACUUGCGAAAUUUAUUCUACGGUAAUUAUUUGGAACCAGAUGCGGAUCCGAAAAUUUACGACGAGGUCGAAAGUUAUGAUAAAUUGGAAAAACUGAUGCACUAUUAUCUGCGCGAUUACAAUACAUUCUCGCACACACCGAUGGACUUGGUGUUGUUUCGCUUCGCCAUUGAGCAUAUAUCGAGAGUUUCGCGUGUGUUGCAAAUGCCGCGCGGCAAUAUCCUCAUGGUCGGCAUGGGCGGCUCGGGACGUCGCAGCUCGUGCAGAUUGGCUGCCAGCAUUGCCGAUUGCCGCCUGAUGACGAUUCAAGUGACAAAGACAUAUUCGCAAACCGACUGGCGUGAUGAUCUGAAAAAGAUACUGAUGACAGCCAGUUUCAAUUUGAAUCACACGGUCUUUCUUUUUACCGAUGCACAGGCCAUCGAUGAGGGUUUCAUUGAAGACAUUAAUGGUAUACUUAAUACUGGUGAUUUGCCCAAUCUCUAUCAGUUGGAAGACAAAGCAGCGAUUAUGGAGAAUAUGACGAGUGUAGCAAAACAAAUGGCGAGACAAAUUGAAAAUUCCCCUUCGGAGAUGUAUGCAUACUUUAUCGAGAGGAUACGUGAGCAAUUGCAUAUAGCUUUGGCAUUUUCACCGAUUGGCGAUUCCUUCAAGGAGCGUUUAAGAAUGUAUCCAUCACUGAUAAACUGCUGCACGAUUGAUUGGUUCAUGCCGUGGCCCGUUGACGCCUUGGAGCGUGUUGCUGAAUAUUUUAUCAGUUCAAUGAAAUUGGGUCAGGCACAGGAGCAGGCUGAGGCCGGUGCCGCUGAGCAAGCAUCGGUCGAUACCGCAGAAUCGGAUGACAAGAAAAGCGACAAUGUUGAGGAAAUUGUGCUCAGUGAAUUGGAAUUGGAGCUGGUACAAAUUGUCAUGUAUUUCAAUAAUUCCGUCUUCGAAGCGAGCGAACGUUGCUAUCUGGAGUUGGGGCGCCGCAAUUAUGUGACACCCUCAUCUUAUUUGGAGAUGCUUAAGUCUUUUAAAAGUUUCUACGUACGGAAAUUGGAGGAAAUUACAAAAUUGCGCGAUCGCUACACCACCGGUCUGGAGAAAUUGGACUUUGCUGCCGGUCAGGUGGGAGAAAUGCAGGCGAACCUCUACGAUCUGCAGCCCAAGCUGAAGGUGCUCUCCGAGGAGACUGAACGCAUAAUGGUGAAUAUUGAACGCGAAACAGCGGAGGCUGAGAAAAAGAAGGAAGUGGUUGGUGCUGAUGAAGCGGCAGCCAAUGAGGCCGCAGCCGCCGCGCAAGCGAUCAAAGAUGAUUGUGAAAGUGAUCUAGCGGAAGCGAUACCUGCACUAGAAGCAGCAUUGGAGGCAUUGAACACACUCAAGCCGGCUGAUAUAUUCAUUGUGAAAUCGAUGAAGAAUCCACCGUACGCCGUGAAGUUAACACUGGAGGCUGUAUGUGUGUUGCGUGGCUUCAAACCGGAUCGUAAGCCAGAUCCCAGCGGGCGCAUGGUGGAGGACUUUUGGGGGCCAUCAAUGCGUAUGAUAGGCGAUAUGAAGUUUCUAGAAUCGCUGAAAACAUUCGACAAAGACAAUAUACCGGCGACUAAUAUCAAAAAGAUUAGAGAGAAAUAUAUACCUGAUCGCGACUUUGUGCCGGAAAAGAUUAAAAGUGCUUCUACUGCCUGCGAGGGUCUUUGCAAAUGGGUGCGCGCUAUGGAUGUGUAUGAUCGUGUAGCGAAGAUCGUGCAACCCAAACAACAAGCACUUGCCGAAGCAGAGGCCGAUUUGGCCUCGCAAAUGGAGAAAUUGAAUGCGAAACGUGCCGAGCUGCAAGUAAUUUUGGACAAAUUGCAGAAAUUGAAUGACUUCUUUGCCGAAAAAUCACGUGAGAAGAAGCGUCUAGAAGAUGAGAUUGAUAACUGCGAGAAGAAACUGAAUCGCGCGGAGAAACUACUUGGUGGACUGGGCGGUGAGAAGACGCGUUGGUCGGAGGCAGCGCAUAACUUACAUAAAUCGAUUAGCAAUAUUGUCGGCGAUGUUUUGCUAGCUGGUGGCGCAGUAGCUUAUUUGGGUUUCUUUCCAACCGAGUAUCGCGCGCAAAUUUUGGAGGACUGGAAUGCGUUGUGUGUGCGCCAAAAAAUUCCUUGUUCGGAGAAGUUCUCACUGGCCAGCACACUGGGAAAUCCCAUGCAGAUACGCGCCUGGUCAUUAGCCGGUCUGCCGGCUGAUAACUUUUCUGUAGAGAAUGGCAUUAUUGUGGCCAACUCGAAUCGAUAUCCGCUAAUGAUAGAUCCACAAGUCCAAGCUAACAAAUGGAUUAAGAAUAUGGAAAAGGAUAAUUAUCUGCGCGUAAUCAAGCAAAGUGAUCCUAAUUAUAUGCAAAUACUUGAGCUUUCUGUAACAUAUGGCAAUCCUGUGUUAAUUGAAAAUGUCGGUGAAAGCUUAGAUUCCAAUUUGACGCCAAUACUGGAGAAAAACGUAAUUAAGCACAAAGGUGGUCUAUUUAUUAAAAGCGGUGAAACGAUGCUGGAGUAUAAUCCCAACUUUCGUCUGUACAUAACAACAUGUUUGCGUAAUCCGCACUACUCACCGGAAAUAAUGGUUAUGGUAGCGGUUUUGAAUUUCAUGAUAACGGAACAAGGCUUGCGCGAACAGCUACUAGCUAACACCGUGGCACGUGAACGUCCCGAUUUGCAGGAGAAAAAAGAACAAUUGAUUGUCGAGUCAGCCAAGAAUCGUGACGCUUUAUACACAAUCGAAUCGAAGAUCCUAGAGGUACUAUCCUCCUCGGAGGGCAACGUGCUGGAGGAUGAGAAUGCCAUCAACAUACUGUCAUCGAGUAAAAUAUUAUCGGAGGAAAUACAGGAGAAGCAAGUAAUCGCUGUGGCAACUGAAACGGAAAUUGACGCCGCACGCCAACAAUACGUACCGGUGGCCAAACACUCCGCCAUACUAUUCUUCGGCAUCAGCGAAUUGGCAAACAUCGAUCCAAUGUAUCAGUACUCGUUGGCCUGGUUUCUCAAUCUCUUCGUAAACGCUAUAUUGAAGGCGCCGAAAUCGAAUGUGCUCGAAGAGCGUUUAGAGCAUUUGAAUUAUUACUUUACGAAAUCAAUUUAUCAAAAUGUUUGCCGAUCGCUUUUCGAGAAGGAUAAGCUUGUCAUAUCCUUGGUCAUGUGCUUGGGUAUAUUGGUAUCGCGGGGCAAAAUAAAUAAAUCGCAUUUGUUGUUCUUCUUGACUGGAGGCGUUGGCUUGCAAGCGGUGCCGCCUAAUCCGGACAAUAGUUGGCUACCGGAGAAGGCUUGGACACAAAUAUUUCGCGCGAGCGAUCUAGAAGGUCUCAAAGACUUCUACAAGCAAUUCACAAAGGAUAUUCAUCUAUGGAAGAAAUACUACGACUUAUCAUCGCCCGAGGAGUAUCCGCUACCAAAGCCAUACGAUACAGUGGAGGAAAUGCUAUGCUUAAUUAUAUUGAAAUCUUUGCGACCGGACAAAGUUGUGCCGGCGGUGAGGACAUUCAUUACGAACAACAUGGACCAAUCAUUUGUGGAGCCACCGCUCUUCGAUUUGAAUGCCUCAUUUGCUGACAGCUCACCAAGAAUACCAUUGGUCUUCCUGCUCUCGCCUGGCUCCGAUCCAAUGGCCAGUCUAUUCAUGUACGCCAAGCAGCGUAACAUGUAUGACAAAACAAAAACGAUUUCAUUGGGUCAAGGUCAAGGUCCACGUGCCGAGAAAAUGAUAUUGGAAGCAAAUCGCUAUGGCCACUGGGUUGUUUUGCAAAACUGUCACGUCGCCGUCAGUUGGAUGGGCGAAUUAGAGCGCAUUUGCAAUGACACCUCGUUGGCGGAUGCAGCACAUCCUGACUAUAGGCUGUGGUGUACCUCAUAUCCGAGCAAUGUGUUUCCCGUCUCGGUGCUACAGAAUUCGGUGAAGAUGACAAAUGAACCGCCAAAAGGUCUUAAGGCGAACAUGUUUAGGUCGUUCAAUUCGGAUCCGUUGGUACGCGAUAAAUUCUUUACGAAUGCCUUCUUGUAUUCGGAUAUGGCAAAUAAAUGCUGGCUACGCGGCGUCUUCGCCUUGGUCUUCUUUCAUGCUGUGGUGCAGGAGCGUCGUGAAUUCGGACCGCUUGGCUGGAAUAUACCGUACGAGUUCAGUGAGGCGGAUUUGAAAAUAUCGCUGAUGCAGCUGAAGAUGUUCAUCGCACAAAGCAAGAGUAUACCGUUUCGUGGACAUGUUUAUCUCACCGGCGAAUGCAACUAUGGUGGGCGUGUUACGGAUGACAAGGAUCGCCGCUUAAUCCUUUCACUGCUCAACAUGAUAUAUAAUCCAACCACAAUCGAAAUGGACAAUUAUCCCUUAUCACAAUCCGCCACCUAUCGCGUGCCCCUAAAUCCAACUCGUCUCAACGCGCUCGAAUACAUUUCCACAUUUGCACUUAGUCCUCAUCCGGAAGUCUUCGGUUUACACGAAAAUGCCGAUAUCAAUCGGAACAACAAGGAAACGAACAGUUUGAUUGGCGGUGUAUUACUUACACAAACAGAUUUAAUGGCUUCGGUUAAGGCAAGUGGCGCAGCGGGUGGCGCCAGCGUUGACCCGGCGUUUGCCAUAUGCAAAGAAAUUUUGUCACGCCUACCUCAGGCUUUUAAUAUUGCCGAGGUGGGACAGAAGUAUCCGGUGAUCUAUACAAAUUCCAUGAAUACGGUAUUGAGACAAGAGCUGAUAAGAUUCAAUCGCUUGUUGGAUUACAUACGCAAAAGUCUCAUCAACGUACAAAAAGCCAUACAAGGUCAAAUCGCCAUGAUACCCGAAUUGGAGCGCACACAUUUAUCAAUGGUGAUCGGUAAAUUGCCAGCGGACUGGCUAAGGAAAAGCUACCCAUCGCUCAAGCCACUUGGUAGCUACGUUACGGAUUUUCUAACGCGCUUGGAAUUCUUUCAACGUUGGAUUGAUGAGGGCGAACCGACAGUUUAUUGGCUGUCGGGUUUUUAUUUCACACAAUCCUUUAUCACUGGUGUACUACAAAAUUAUUCACGAAAGAAUACCUUACAAAUAGAUAUGGUUGAAAUCAAAUUCGAAGUGACCAAAUUCGAGACCGAAGUUGAAAAACUACCAAGUUUUGGUGCAUAUAUACGUGGUCUCUUCUUGGAAGGCGCACGCUACAAUCGUGAAACACAAGAGCUCGAUGAAUCCUACUCAAAAAUUCUAUUCGAUACAUUGCCGGUGAUAUACUUCCGUCCCACCUUGAAGCAGUCACAGGACGGUGGACAGGCGGCGAAGGAAGACACCACAGCGCGUACCAUCUACGAUUGUCCUGUUUAUAAGACGAGCGAGAGGCGUGGUGUGCUCUCAACGACUGGUCACUCCACCAAUUUUGUAAUGUACAUGCAAUUGAAUUGCAGUAAGACACCUAUGCACUGGAUCAAUCGUGGCACUGCCUCUCUCUGUCAAUUGGAUGACUAAGUUGCAUCUGAAUUGGUUCUGGAAUACUCGCAUAUUACAUAUUUUAUAUAAAUUUUUAUUUUACUUUUCAAUGAAUAUAAUUCUUUAUAUUCUCGCUGUUUUAAUCUCAUAUUUUCUAUAAAAUAAAUUUUGUUUUCGUA